CUUUAUUUUUUUAAAAACCCAGUAAACUAGACAUCAUGACUAGCAACACCGCACCAAACAUCAACUUUAAAUGGGACCCGAAGAGCCUAGAGAUCCGUACUCUGGCAGUAGAAAGGCUACUGGAGCCUCUGGUCACACAGGUCACCACUUUGGUAAACACCAGCAAUAAAGGCCCAUCUAACAAGAGGAAGGGACGCUCUAAGAAGGCCCAUGUUUUGGCUGCAUCAGUGGAGACUGCUACCGAGAACUUCCUUGAAAAAGGCGAAAAGAUUGCAAAGGAAAGUCAGUUCCUCAAGGAUGAGCUGACUGCUGCUGUGGAAGAUGUCCGCAAGCAAGGUAUAUUGAAAAUACGAAUUGCAGCAGUGUGGCUUCAUGCUUGUACAGAGUGCCUCUUAAGAUAGGACGGAUGAAAAAUAAACCAUAAGCUAUGUAUACAUCAUCUGCUCCAGCAAAAAUCCUUGAAAUAAGAAUAUGGUUUGAGUCUGAUAGAUUUCUUUUAGAAAUGGGCUUUUCAAUGAGGCCAUUAAUAGACUUUCAGUUUAAGCAUGCACAUGGUUCAGAUUCAUUUCAUGCUAGAUGGUGUCAUUCCCGUACCUUCUGUGGGGAUCAAAUUUAACCACUUUUCCCAGAGAAGCCUGCGUGUUCUCUUAGCGCAGUGUUAGGAUACUCCCCAGUUAUCUGAACUUGAGAAUCAACCUCACCAUAUUCAGUGUUGUAUUUUCUGUGCUUCCUCCCGUUUCUUGUCCUUUGUUUUUGUUAUAGAAGGAUACCAAGAUGUGGUUAUAUUAUAGAGGUUUGCAUAACAUCAAAUCAGUACCGUAUUUCCCGGACUACAGAGCGCACCUGAAUAUUAGCCGCACAAGCUAAAAUCAGGGGAAAAUCCUGUUUUGUACAUACAUUAGCCG